AACCGAUUUGUCUGGCUGCGUGGUUCACCUGGGACCGGGAAAACCGCGAUAUCUAUGAGCGUGGCUUCCACUCUCGAUAACCAGGGCACCCUCGCAGCGUCCUUCUUCUGGGAUAAGAACCAACAGGGAACAGGACUCGAUUCGAUUGAGCGCUUCCCCUCCACCCUUGCCCGACAGCUUGCGGAAUUCAACGCCGAGUAUAAGAGCUUGCUUAUCAGGCAACUUCGGGAGCCCGCUUCAUUCAGCAGCUUCCGUGGUUCUGCUGCAGAGAAGGACAUGAAAGCUUGGAUUAUCAACCCAAUGGCUGGACUCAGGGAUGCGUUGUCUUCAGGGAAUGAUCGCCCUGUGAUCGUAUUGGAUGGACUUGACGAGUGCGGUGAU